UGUUAUUGAUCAUGCGCCUGUGCCCCCUGAUGCAUGUGUUGACACCAGGCCACUCUGCAGGCUGCCGGGAGUGCUGGCGCGACAUGUCUCGUUGUGCACGUCUCCUCUAGCACUCACUCAACCCUUGCCAUCAUGGUGCUAUUUUCCUUAAGGCGCGCGUGUGGUGAGGGCCUAUAGCAUCACCAAGGGGGCCAGGGUGAUGUGUACAAGGGUGCGGGCGUCCUGGGGGUACCUGCUGCUGCUGCUCCUGGUGUGGGUGGUGGGCCAUCCCGUGGCCUCCUCCCCUACCUCUCAGCCACACUACACCUCCAAUAAUGAAGAAGGCACCUUGAGGGAGAUACUAGCAGGGAGACAGGUCUAUAGCUACCGCUCGUACAAAGAUGUUCAGAUCUUCCACUUUUCAAUUCCUCCUCAUGUUUCACAGUCAGUGUACAAUUUCACUGCCAAUGACUCUAUGGGUUGUGAGCCUCGCAACAUAACUAUAUUUCUUCAAGCCCAUAGCUACCCCGUCAUCAAUCCAGAUGGAGCCACAUAUCCGCCUGGACUUUGGGUGAAUCGCUCAAGAAUGUAUGAGGUUCAUCUGCGAUCUGAUCUAAAACCUGCUUUACUAUCCGUCCAGUACCCUGUGGCUGGUGAUUGGUUCAUGGUUGCCUUUAUUGAUGAGGCAUCUAAUCGAAUUACUCAAGCAGGGUUGUUUCCUUCAUGCCACUCUUGGCUACAAGCCAAGGUAACCCAUCAGCAACAAGGAGAUGUUACAACUGUUGUGCCUGAAAUUCACUCCCACCAAGAGAUUCAGCUUUUCCAGAAUAUUGAGAACUCACAAUACUAUAGGUUUUAUGUGCCAUCAUCAACAUGGAUGGUGAUGGUAAACAUCAGCAAUUGUUUGGCUCCUGAAGACAAGAAUGCAUCCUGCCCCAUUAAUAUUACCUUUAGAGCUCGAGCACUGCCAGAUCCUGAAUCUACAGACACAAUGUUCCACAACUGCAGUGAUGAGGAAGUUGGAAAUUUGUGCACUGUUGAGUUCAUCCCAGAGGAAGAGGCAUGGCAUUACCUGCAGCUUUCAACACCACCUGAUACACCUGUUCAACUCAGCAUGGCUGUUAAACUAUAUUUUUGUGAUGAAGUAGGUGGAAGCAGCUAUCAUCUUUUAAGCAAAGUAAACUUAGGCCAGCUGUGUCCAGAGGAAACUUGUGUCAACUUUGACACAACUUUUACCAUUUUCACUAAUGACUCAGAAGAACUUAGCAAGACCACAGUAUCCCCAGAGGAGGCAGAAUCCAUUGUAUUUUUGCCUACAACAAAAACCAAGCAGCUGGCUGCAAAAAACUGUUGGACAAGGCACAACUUAGUCAAAAAGACUUUUGGUGGAAACUUUGUAUUUGAAUAUGACCUACCACCAAAUGAAAAUGGUUCUGUUCCACUUUUGCUGGACAUUAACAAUACAUCUCCAACUCUGCUGACAUUUAAUCUUGAGUCGGUUACUGAUAUUGGAGGAACUCUUGUCAUUGAACUGGCCAUUUCACCAUUUAUUAAUAAUAAUAACACGCACAACAUUAGUGUUACUGGAUGUGUGACACUUGGCAGAAGAGAAGAACCAGAUGAGAAUGGAGAGUGUUCACAUGGUCAUCAGCUUAUAGUGAACACCUCCAGUCCAGUGACAAGGGGCAUAAGUCUACCUAUUCCUUUUCCUGAACCAGGCUUGUGGUACCUCACCCUCAAGCCAUGGUGCUACUUACUGAAUGCAAGUGAAAUUGUGGAGUGCAGUGGGCAAGAUACUUCUAUACUUUUUCAUAUUUCAUCUGCAUCAUGCUUGGAUGGAAAGUGUGGCACGUAUGGCUCUUGUUACCAGUAUAUAUCUGGUGGCUUUAUUUUCUCUACAUGUGUAUGUGAUGCAGGUUACCGUGGAUGGGGAUGUACAGACAACUCUCAGGCCACACCCAACUGGGAGCUCCUGCUGUCUACACUCUUACUGACCCUCUCCAAUCUGUUCUUCUUGCCAGCAAUCAUUUUAGCCCUGAAACGGAGAUACUUUGCUGAAGGCUUAGUGUAUGUCUUCACUAUGGUCUUCUCCACAUUCUAUCAUGCCUGUGAUCAGGAAGCUUAUGUCUUCUGUCUGAUGCGACUCAGUGUCAUGCAGUUUUGUGACUUCUACUCUGCAAUAUUUUCCUUCUGGGUCACACUCAUUGCAAUGGCAGAUCUUCCCCACUCCCUGUACUCCCUCCUGCAUGUUGCUGGUGCCAUGAUUGUUGCUCUUGGUGUGGAAUAUGACAGAACUGGCUUGUGGGUGUUUGUUGUGCCCUCUGUCUCAGCAUUCCUAGUAAUGGCCUCAUCUUGGAUCUGGCAUUGUAAACAGCAGCAAGGCUGCUUUCCAACUAAACAGUACUGGCUGACCUCUCUCCUUCCUGGGGUUCUAUUAGCUGCCUCGGGGCUCAUCUGUUAUGCCUUCUUUGAGACCCACGACAACUACUACUAUGUGCAUUCUGUGUGGCAUGCCACUAUGGCUCUUGCUAUCCUUUGUCUGCUACCUCCCAGGAGAGAGAAAGAGGAGGUGUGUGAUGAGGAGGAGGAGGAUGUGGAGCCACUGUCGGAGUGUGAGGCCCAGCCAAUCAUGGCCGAGGCGCACAGCUACUCACCUGCUGUGUCUUAAAUGCUUCCCUGUUUAUUCAUGUCCUGAUAUUCUGCCUUUCAUUGUCAAAUGUUAUGUAUGCAUUCUUCUGUAUUUUGCAAUGCAGAGUAAGUCUGUGUUACUGUCUAGUUUUGUGUUUUACCAUAUAACUAUUAUUUGCUUCAUGCAAUAUGAAACUGAUAUUUUAUAAUUGAUGUGGACACCAGCUUUACAUGUGGUUUUAUGAUGAAAAUUUGAUUUUUGUCUUCAAGUUGCAUUGCACAUGUGUAUAUUGUCAAUCAGUGUGGUAAGGAACUCCAAUCCUUCAUUCAUGCUCAUCAUCAACAUUUUGAUCAUACAUUGUACAGUAUAACUAUAUAUUCUCUUAUAGGUCUUCCUCUUCCCUGGCCAUUCAUACAAAUUAAAUGAUGGUCCUGUAUUUCUGUAAUUUACAGCUUACAAGAAUGUAGAACACGGUUACAGUAUAAGUGUAGAUAUGCCUACAUACUCCAUGUCCACCAUUAUAUAAAUCUUUAUUAUUAUUAUUAUUUUUAUUUAUUUAUUAUUUAUUUUUAUUAUUAAGGACAGACACAUAGCAAAGAGCAUUAGAUCAAGUUGGGCAUAAAGAAAAUACAAUAAGCAGUCAGUGAAGAAGAUUAUUGAAUCAUAUGUAAGAGGCUUAAGAUUAAAGGAAAAACCAUGAAUGGGAAUGUGAAGAGAGCAUUAGAUGCAAGAGGAAUAUCCGUGGAUUAAAGAAGAGUUGUUGCACAAGACAGGGCUGAAUGAACAGUAGUUAUUAAUGUAUAAAUGAAGAGUAACUUUGAGAGCCUUUACUGGAGAUUCACCAUUUGAUGUAAUCUAAUCAGGUCAGACAUGGGAAAGAGGAUGAUGUAGCAAGAAAUCAGUUCUGUUGUUGGGCCCUAAUGCAUGCAGACCAGGGUAUACUUGAACAACUUAACCUCACACAGGAUCUGUCUCAUCAUUCUAGAGUAGUGGAGACUAAAGCCUGCCAUACAUGCUCAGUUUUAACUGACAGUCUGACUGAAUGAGCUUCAAGGUCACUGCAUGUGCUCUCACACUAUUCAUUUCCAUUCUCCCUUUAGGUCUCAGUCAGCAUCCAACCAGCAUCAUAGCAACACCAUUCCCUCCCCAUCAUCUGGAGAUUGUGCUUCUCAGCAUUACUGGGAUGCUCACUAUUAUGAAAAAAAAGAAAAAAAAAAAACACAUUGAACCAAAUAGUGCAAGAAAUAUCCAUUGUUGAUUUUAAUUUAACUACAAGCACAUCAAAAGGCUCCUGCUCUCUUGUUUUUUGUCUGAAUAUUCAUUACUCAACUUUCCAUAGGCAUGGGUAUACUCUGUAGAUGUCUAUGAAUUUAUUCCAAGAAAUUUAUCAUCUGAUAUGGUCAUUGUAAGCAUGCCUUUGCUUGUAUAUGCCCAGAAUGCAGGCUACCCCAUACAUGCACAAACUGGCCUUCCAUUAAUGAGAACAGAUGGUCAGUUUUUCACUGAACACUUCAAUUCAUAAGGCUGCAUUUCUGACCUGCCUUCUUUAAAAUUUCCCCUUACACACUCAAACUGGCUUGAAGAUACCAGUUCAAUCUGGUUUAAUCAAUCUAUCUGUCAGUUAAAACUGAGCAUGUAUGGUAGGCUUAAGACAGGUUUGAUUCAGUCUUAGAGUGUGUGUGUGUGUGUGUGUGUGUGUGUGUGUGUGUGUGUGUGUGUGUGUGUGUGUGUGUGUUUGCAUAUGUUUUGCAUGGAUGCCGUGUUUCAGCUACUGCCCUUCACAGGGAUGUCAGUGUGGUAUGUUUUUAUCCCCUUAUAUUAGGGGAAUAGCCAGGCAUCAGUACCAUUCUUCAAGCAAAAUGAAGAAUACUUACAAUAUUCCCUAAGGAAAGGGAUUAAAAUGGGUGUAGUGAGGUAGUUUUAUUUCCAUUUGUAUAGGUAAAUCUUCAUUUAAGGUAGAUCUCAACCCUACAGUAUAUAUGUCUAGAGAUCAUCUACAGUCUACAUUAUCAUUUUCAUCAUCAUUAGCCUUAGCAUCUUCAUUACCAUUAGUAGCACUAGUGGUCUCUUCUCUUUCUUGUAACCAAGUUGGAAAGGAGGAAGAGAAGGAAAGGUUCAGACAAGUUGAUGAAGAAAUGGAUAAUAUUUUUUUUUUUAAUUUAGCAUUGUUGAUGAAAAAUACUAUAUGGAAUAGUACUGACUGGUCUGGUUAUUGUUAUAUGGAACUAUUUUUGCUUCAUGCUCCAAAAUUAAUAACUACUUCUAAUUGGCCAUCUGGUAUUCAUAAACCUGUUGGAUGCUAACAUUACAGCAGUACUUUCAAGAUAACAAAUGUAGCCACAAAGUUUUAACUUGAAAAGAAAAACCAUAAGUUUGCAUCAAAUGUGUUUGUACUUACAUAGGGAAACAUUUGUUUAAUUGUAUCAGUAUUUUAUGUCAGUUUAUACAUUAGUCUUCUGUUCUAGGAUAAAAUCAAAGAUGUUUGAAAUUAUCCAGAAAUCAAUUAAAUUGUUUAGAUUUCAUUGAAACUGCAAAAAUGCAUCUGCUUAAAGAUCAUAUAUAAGAACCUGUACAUAAUUAAUGCUUGGGAAGACAACAUUGUUUCAGUAGUAUAAAAAACACCAUGUAUCAAACAAGAUUGCCUUCAAAGAGAAAUCAUGAAGUGGGUUUAUCUCAUGGUUCAAAGAGUGCCCACAUAGUCUAAGGAAAACAAAGAUGACAAUAGCUUUCAAAUAAAGCCCAGACAGUCCUAAAAUCAGCUGUGCCUCUGCAACUGUUUCUGUGGACAAAUAAAGUCUGAAAUGUCUGUUGCUAUAGUCUGUUAAACUCAAAUGAAUGCAGUCAUAUUGCUUGCUUGUUUUAUAAGUCUGCAUGUAUGACAUUAUAAAUAGGAUACUAGAAAAAAAAAUAUUUGUCCUUAAAAGGAAGACAUGGAAGAUAUAGAAUGAUAGUGAGAGUGACUUUUUACAGGAAGUUUGUCAGGUGUGUAGUGGAACAUCCAACAGUUAACAGAAUCGUAAAUGAACAAUAGCAAGGUUUAAAAUCAGACUGCUUGGAUGUCACAAAUUCAGUAUGUAGGUGGACAAGAGGAUCUCCAAGGCACAAAGUGACUGGACUUAGUGGAGGGAUGGAAUAGUUGAUGCUGUUGUGAAAGAAAAGAAAGGGAGGAGAUGAGAAUUGGGAAAGCUUGUUAAAGAACAAAUAAAUAGGUGAAAGCAG